UGACGGUCUCACUCCGUACACACAAUACACGAUCACGGUCGUGGCCUCGAAUGAAGCGGGGCCUGGAAUGCCUUCUGAGAAUUUAAAAAUUACCACUGAUGAAGCUUAUCCUUCUGAAGUACGUAACCUGAUGUCAAACUUCACGAGUACGACAGACAUAUUUGUAUCGUGGGAGGUCCCUAAGGAAGAGAAUGGAAUUCUGGGCGACUACCUGAUAAUUUGGGAUGAUGGAUCAGGAGAUAAUCAAUCAGCUGAAGUCAACACCACAAACUUCCUCAUUGAUGAGCUCGUCCCUUGCGUCCUAUAUAACAUUACCGUCAUGGCUCAAACGGGAGCAGGCUAUGGGGAGGAGAGCUACAUCAACGCUACGACUGAUACUGAAGUUCCUCCAGCGGUGACAUCCCUGAGUGACGUCUCGUUGGCAAGUCGCUCAAUGACGUUGACAUGGGACAGGCCAGACACGGAGUGUGAGAUAACAGGUUACUUCGUCGACUAUAUCGGCGAGGUGCUCUGGGGGGACAACAACAGAACAGAAAACACCACGUACGUCCCAGGCGACGGUAACAAUACAGAGGAGGUGACGCUGGUGCAGCUCACGCCCUACACCAACUACAACGUCGUCGUUACGGCGGCCACGGGCGCCGGCAAUGGCACGUCUGCAGCUCCCCUCCUGACGCAGACGUUGCAGGACGCUCCUUCUCAGCCCGGUAUCAAGCCGUACCAAGCACGUCACAAGACGCUGGAAAUAUUUUGGUCUGAGCCGGAAAUUCUGAACGGAAUCUUGUUAUGGUACCAAAUCAUACUCCGCCAAGACGAUACCAUCGUGGCGACGUACAACGCUUCUUCAAAGCAAGACCAAUGCGUAUUUGAUGACCUGCGAUACGAGACACCGUACAACGUUACUGUAGAGGCCUGGACGGGAGGCGGUGUGAGCAGGAACAGCGUCACUGCGAUGACCGUCGACUCCCCAGUUCCUCUAAUCGUGGGGCUGACGAUAUUUGUUAUCAUCCUCGUCGUGCUUGUGGUCUUGGGCUAUGUUAAGAGAGACGUUGUUCGGCAGCAGAUGAAAAAAAUAAAACCACAAAAAGCUCACGCCAACGGAAGCGCGACAACAGUUACUGAAGUUUUUCCAACGUUAACCAGCUCUGGACCAGGAGCCGGUUUAUGGCGUAAAAUAAAUGAUAUGCAAGAGUCGGAUGGCCUUCUUCUGCUGCAGGAAUUUUCGAACCUCCGAGGCAUCUCCUACGCCGGCACGACAGAAGUCGCGGCGGCGAACCCAUCCAAGAACCGCUUCAUCAACAUCCUUGCCUACGACAACUCCAGGGUGAUGUUGGGAAGUUACGGUGACUACAUCAACGCGAAUUACAUCAGGAAUUACGACCAAUCGGAUUAUUUCAUCGCCGCACAAGGUCCUCUGCAGAGCACCCUUACCGACUGGUGGCAGAUGAUGCUCGAACAGAACGUCAAUUUCAUCAUAAUGCUCACUAACUGCCUUGAAAAGAAUAAGGUCAAAUGCCAUCAAUAUUGGCCAGAAGAGAAUAAGAUAUUGGAGGCCGCACCCAACCUGUUUAUUUUCAACGCUGGGGAGCAGCAGCAGGCUGAUUACACCAUUCGUGACUUGCGCAUCACCGAUGCUCAGCAUCGUCAUCUACGGUCCGUCAAGCAGUACCACUUCCAGGCGUGGCCAGACUUCGGCGUGCCUCAAGACCCGGGUGUUAUCCUCACGUUUAUUGGGGACAUCACGAAGGAAAUGAGCAGGGAGGCUCAAGCAUCGGACUCACACAUGGUUGUGCACUGCAGUGCUGGUGUCGGGAGAACAGGUACCUUCAUAUGUGUGUGGAAUUUAUGUCAUCAGUACAAAAGAACCCUCGAGGUUUCGGACGUUCAGCGAGAAGUUCUGGCAAUGAGGGAGCGCAGAUGCAACAUGGUGCAGACCAAGGAGCAACUCUUGUUCGUGUACCGAUGCUACGCCGAGUACGUGUCGAGACAGCAGAAGUGGCCACUGGCUGACUCCUGGGAAGAAGCCAAGUACAAAGAGUUCACUGCCAUCGAAGAAUCCGCCUCUUCCUACAGCACCCUACUUGCCGAGAGGCCCGAGAGCAAAUGGAAGAAUAGAUACAUUAACAUCUUGCCUUAUGACCACAGUAUCGUCAAGCUGCAGGACCCCGGAGGCUACAUCAACGCAAACUUUGUCACCCUACUUGCCGAGAGGCCCGAGAGCAAAUGGAAGAAUCGAUACAUUAACAUCUUGCCUUAUGACCACAGUAUCGUCAAGCUGCAGGACCCCGGAGGCUACAUCAACGCAAACUUUGUGCUAGACCACCAAGAGCAGCCGUCCUUCAUCGCCGCUCAAGGCCCGACAGACUCAACCGUCAACGACUUCUGGCAGAUGGUUCGAGAGCAAAAUGUUGUCAUCAUCGUGAUGCUCACAAAUACAACCGAGAAGGGGAAGGUAAAGUGCGCUCAGUACUGGCCUGAAGAAUCCCAGUCAUUGUUGCUACCGGAUGGGCUCCGUGUGACGAACCUGGGUGAACGUGAACACGGGCUCUACGUCGUGCGCAAGCUUAAACUGGACGAUGAAAAAAGAAGAAGCCCUUCCAGGACCACUUUGCAGUACCAUUUCCUGGCAUGGAAAGACUUCGGAGUGCCGGAGGACCAAGAAAGUCUACUGCAGCUCAUCAGCGCUGUCAAGACUGACCUGGUAGCUGUGACACCUGCUGCCAACCAGCACAUUGUCGUGCAUUGCAGUGCGGGUGUGGGGAGGACGGGAAGCUUCAUUGCUGUCUGGAACUUGUGUCAUUUGUUCAAGCUUCAUCGACGAGAGACGAGCGUUCAGAGCGUCGUGCUGGCACUACGAGAGUCCAGAACAAAGCUUGUCCAAACAAAGGACCAGUACCUGUACGUAAACAAAUGCUACGAAGCCUUCCGAAAAUCUCCAGACCGCUGGCCUCUGCCAGAGUACGCUCCUCCCAAGAAUGGCAUCGCUGAACCUGCUAUAUACGAGAACUGGACUGGGAAUCAAGUCGACGACGAUGAGAACUUCUAUGAAAAUUUCGACAUGGCCCCCAAAUGAGUGCAGCACUGCGUGCGUGCCAUUCAUGAUAAAUAUUAACUUUAUGAUCGGGUAUUUAGCAGAAACUACUCAUCCUAUAUGAUAUUUAAACGAAGUUUUAAUGCAAAGUAACAAAGGUACCGGUAAAUACCUUGAAAAUUGAGCAAUAGAGUACAGUUCGUAAAUAAGAAGCCAUGACUGAGAAACUAGUGAGCGGCUCAAAUUUUUCAUCAACGAUGUUUAAUUUCUCAGAUAACUUGGCCGGGAGUUUUAGUUUUAGAAACUUAGUUGGCCGGAAGUUUUAGUUUUAAAGUGGAAAUAAUAAGUGCAUGUUACAGCUUAUGAGCUUACAGCUUACAGUAGAAAAAAUGGGAUAUAGAAGUCAGAGGAGAUGGAGGAGAAG